GAUCUAGUGGGGUGCUGCGUACAGACAAGCCAGAGCUUGGUUCUCACAAGGCCCUUAUUUAUAAAGACGCUGAGGACCUACCCAAGGCACUGGAUCUGGAUCCAUUACCCAAAAAACUUCUUUUAACCUCCCGCCCUUGUGCGGAACAUCUCUUUGACAUAACAUCACAUCACGUUACAUCUUCACAAUGGAAACGUACCACGGAUAUGUGCGGACACCCGCCGAUGCUAUAAGAUUAUUUGAGGCUUGCCGAUUGGGCAUUCUGCCUCGUGUGCAACGACGACUUUCAGAGAAGGAGAGACAGUCAAUUCGAUCUGGUUCGGUUUUUGUUUGGGAUGAGCGGGAAGCUGGUAUGAGGAGAUGGACUGAUGGAAAGUCAUGGAGCGCCAGCCGAGUGUCGGGAAGCUUCCUGACAUACCGUGAGAUGGAGGGUAAGCGAGGCGGUGGUUUCAACACUACCCGACGAGGUGGUGGCAAGACCCCAGACUCUGGACGCGGUAGCGACGAGGACCUAGAUGACGGGGAGCCUGAGGGAUACCGAUACAAGGCAGACGGCCUGAUGAAGCAAUCUUUCAGCAUCACUACUUCAACCGGCCAGCAUCUUCACCUUAUCUCAUACUAUUCUCGCCCUCAACCUGGCCAGCCUGAGCUUCAACAACCAACAAAUGAUCCUAACUUACGUGGCAUAGUUCCUGUUAAGGGCAUGUAUCCUGAGUCCAGCAUGGGAGAGGCCAACACUACACCUGCUCUAACACGGGCGCCGAUGCAGCAGCCUCCCUACAUGGUUCCUCAACCUGGUCAACAACCAUAUGCUCCCUAUGGCCAGCCUGGCUAUGGAUGGCCUCCUUCCCCCGUCGCUACUCCUCCUUACAGCCAUUACGCCGCUCCCUAUCCCCACGGUGUACCUCAGCAACUUCCACCUCACCCCGGCCACCCAGGUCUUCCUCACCCACACUACCAUCAGGCACCUGUUUAUGAGCAGCGUGCUCCUCUUCCUCCUCUGCCCGCCAAGCCCGCCUACCCAUCAACAUCUCCUCACUACUCACACCCUACUCUCCCUAGAGCUCACGACUCGCCUCGAGAGCAUCAUUUGCAGGCAGCUGCUCCAACCGCCAUGGUGAAUGGAUCUUCCCGCACUCAUCAGGUUGCACUCCCAGGUCUCGGUGCUGUUACAAAUGGCCCUCCAGGAUCGUCUCUCGCUGCCAUCAGCACUCCCCCUAGCCGCACUAUGAGCGUCAGUCCUCCACGCAGCUCUCAUUCUGAAGCUCCUGCCACCACAUCUAACAAGGCCAGCCUCUCAGCGCUCCUGCACCCUACUCCCGCACCUAGUGAAAGCGGCAGUGUCAAGCCUGGCAGCGCCAGCAGCAGUCCUAGAGCGGCUGGUGCCUGUGGUCUGGAGAAGGGCGGUGUCAGUGAGGACGCAAGAGCCUUGAGAAUGCUGGACCGCAAAUUCUGCAUCUAGAAACGCGAGGAAGCCGUUUUCAGUGACGUCGAAGAGGAUUGGAGGCCAAAAUCAGCCUAGUUAGAGGCUAUCAUGCUAAGGGGUUGUGUUUAUCCAUCAUAUGCAUUGUCACGGCGUCUUCAUUUUUUACGGGGCAGCAACCAAAAGGAGGUUGACUGCAAUCAUUCAGCGUGCUUUUUUACGACCGGGAACGGAAGAGGAAUGAACGGAACGGUGUUUAGGGGUCAUACAAGGCAGCGUCAUGGUUCAGUGGUGUUCAGGUGCCAUUGCAAUACCAAAUCAUGUACAUAGUUACUGAGCAAUGUCAGAAGCAUAUUGACCAGUUUUGACCAUCAUCAUUCCACCUAAUCCAUCGUGUCUCUGUAUGUUUGAGUGACGUUUCGUCCCAGGGUGUAAUAUCAAGCCGGUUGACGAAGCGGUUU